AUGGCUACUUCUUCGGCCCACCAUUUCUUCCUCCUCUCAGUACUUGUUCUUUCAUUCUUGUCUUCAUCAGUUGCAUUGAAGCGCACUAAACCACAUGCCUUCAUCCUUCCAAUUGUGAAAGACACAUCAACCCUUCAGUACUCUACUUCUAUCGACAUGGGAACUCCCCCAGUCAGCAUAGACCUAGUCAUUGAUAUCAGCGAACGUUUCCUAUGGUUCGAGUGUGGCAAAGACUACAAUUCCUCAACCUACAAACCUGUCCAUUGCGGCACAAGGAAAUGCAAGAAAGCCAAAGGCAGAGAUUGCAUUACAUGUACCAAUCAUCCUCUUAAAACAGGAUGCACAAACAACACUUGCGGUCUUGAACCAUUUAACCCCUUCGGUGAGUUCUUUGUAAGCGGAGACAUGGGUGAGGAUAUAUUGUCAUCUGUGUAUUCAACAGAUGGUGCAAGAGCACUUUCCAAUACAUUUGUGCCACACUUCCUUUCUUCAUGUGUAUACCCAGAUAAAUUUGGGGUUCAGGGCUUUCUUCAAGGCCUGGCCAAGGGUAAUAAAGGGGUGCUAGGCCUUGCAAGGACUGCUAUUUCAUUACCUACACAACUCACAACUAAAUAUAAGCUUCAUCACAAGUUUGCCCUUUGUUUGCCUUCAACUUCAAGAGAGAAUGGACUUGGGGAUCUGUUUGUUGGUGGUGGACCUUAUUAUAUGUCUCCUCUUGAUGCUUCUAAGUUUCUUGUCUACACACCACUCAUUGUGAACCCCCAUAGCACAGGUCCAAUCUUUGAUGAUGAUCCUUCCACUGAGUACUUUAUUGAUGUGAAGUCAAUCCAGGUUGACGGCAAAGUUGUCAACUUUCCUACCUCCCUUCUGUCUAUUAACAAAAGGGGUGAUGGGGGUACCAAACUUAGUACCGUAAUUCCUUACACGAAAUUACACACUUUGAUAUACCAGCCACUUGUGAAUGAUUUUGUCAAGAAAGCAGCUAUUGGAAAAAUAAAGAGAGUGGCAGCAGUGGCACCAUUUGGGGCGUGCUUCGAUUCAAGAACCAUUGGCAAGACCAUCACUGGACCCGCUGUGCCAAUAAUUAAUCUGGUGCUUAAGGGGGGAGUUCAAUGGAGAAUCUAUGGUGCCAAUUCAAUGGUUGAGGUUGCUAAAAAUGUGUUAUGCCUUGGAUUUGUAGAUGGAGGUUUGGAGCCAGGAAGUCCAAUAGCAACUUCAAUUGUUAUUGGUGGGCAUCAGUUUGAGGACAAUCUUUUGGAGUUCGAUCUAGUUUCCUCAAAACUUGGUUUUAGCUCCUCCCUUCUACUCCAUAAUGCAAACUGUUCCCACUUUAGAGCCUAUUAA